GCGCGUUACCGCCGUGAGGAGCGAGUCCUUUUCAAUACAAAGCGAGAAACUCCGUUGUCUUGCCCGUGAUAUCUCUGAAUUGGGCCAGCAGGGCACCAGCAGCAGCGGGGACCACGAUGCCAACGACAUUGCCGAGGACACGAUUUUCUGGUGACGAACUACACUACCCAUGAUCCUGAAGAGAAAGAUCAACCAAUAAGAAAAUCGUAGUGAACCAAGCACGCCAAAAGAGCUCUGCAGUGACCUCCCGCUCCCAUGAUGCGCAGUGAAUGAUGCAAUUGAGUCGCUCUCCCUACACUCUCAAACUGCUUAUAUAUUUUUAUCUAAAUAUUUUACAUUGCAAUUGUAAAAUAUUGUUUCUAUACUUAUAAUUAACAACUUUAAAUUAAUAGUUGUAUAAUUUCCCAUUGUUUUUUUUUUUUGUUGUUGUUGUUUUUUUUUCUUUUUCACCCAAUUUGGAAUGCCCAAUUCCCAGUGCGCUUUUUAAGUCCUCGUGGUCGUGUAGUGAUUCGCCUCAGUCCGGGUGGUGAAGGAUGAAUCCCAGUUGCCUCCGCGUCUGAGAACAUCAACCCACGCAUCUUAUCACGUGGCUUGUUGAGCGCGUUGCCACGGAGACAUAGCGUGUGUGGAGGCUUCACGCCAUCCACCGCGGCAUCUGUGCUCAACUCACCAAGUGCCCCACUGAGAGCGAAAACCACAUUAUAGUGACCACGAGGAGGUUACCCCAUGUGACUCCACCCUCCCUAGCAACCGGGCCAAUUUGGUUGCUAAGAAGACCUGGCUGGAGUCACUCAGCACGCCCUGGGAUUCGAACUAGCGAACUCCAGGAGUGGUAGCCAGCGUCUUUUACCACUGAGCUACCCAGGCCCCAUUUCCCAUUGUUUUUAAUCUGAUUAUGUCAUUCACAAUGCUUCAUGGGAUUGUACAUCAUUCCCUUAUAAAAUACGUUAUGUACAGUACAUUGUCUUGUACAUUUGUCAUUUCAUCUGAUUUUCAAAUACUUUUUUUUGUUUCAAAUCAAAGUUUGCAAUGUUGUGAUUUACCUUGCAGCUGGUUGGUUUCAGUUUAUGGCUUACAACUCUUUUAUGAAGGAUUGAAAAGACUAUAGAAUAAAUGAAUGGGAAAAAUACUUCCAGAACAAAGAUGGCUGAAACCGUGGGCAGGCACUUUUGCGCUCUAUUGAAGGCAGGUGGUAUUAAGGGGAGGAACACUCUGAUUGUAGAGAGCAUUUAAUUAGACAAAAAUCAGGAUAUACAGCCCUGAGUGCUGAGUCAUGAAUGUGUCAUAAAUAUUUUUGUUGGGGUGGCCCUUUGAACAGAACUCAAAAUGCAAAUGAUGAUCUUAUCGAUAUGGUCUCUUUUCCAUGAUUUCCUAAAUGAAUCAUAAAACAUGUUGGGAAAAAUAUAAGUGGCAAGAGAAAGUAUCUGAACUCUUUGGAAUGACCUGUAUUUUUGUAUACAUUUUUCUUAAAAUCUGGUUCGAUAGUUACAAUAAUGAACAAGCACAAUCUGUUUUAACUAAUAACACACAAAUUAUUGAAUUGUUCUUUUACAUAUUGAAUACAUCAUUCAAACAUUCACAGUGUAGGUUGGAAAAAGUAUGUGAACCUGUAGGCUAAUGAUGUCAACAAAAGCUAACUAAAGUCAGGUGUUGGCAAACCUGGCAUCCAAUUAAUGAAACGAGAUUGGAGGUGUGGGUUAGAGAUACUUUGACUUAUAAAAAGCACUCAAACAUUUUGAGUUUGCUAUUCACAAGAAGCAUCUGCUGACGUGGACCAUGCCUCGCAAAUAAUAGAUCUCAGAAGACCUACGAUCAAGAAUUGUUGCUUUGCAUUAAGCUGGAAAGGGUUACAAAGUUAUCUUGAAGAGCUUAGACAUACAUCUGUCUACAGUUAGACAAAUUGUAUUGGAUUAUUGGUUGCCCCCUGCCCUCCCUUCAAGAACUGUAAACUUCCAGAGUGAGGAAAAAGGCUGGAAAAAUCACUCUGGACCCCACUCACCCAGCCCACUACCUUUUUGAACUGUCUGACACUUCAGAGCUCUGAGCACCAGAACCGUCAGGCACAAGAACAGUUUUUCCCUCAGGCUAUCCAUCUCAUGAACUGUUAAAACUGCCCCACUGAGCAAUAAAUAAUGUGCAAUACACAGCUUAGUCUAUUUAUAUUUAUCCAACAUACCACACCUCUUCUGCCAUUACAUUCCCUCGCACUAACUGUAUAUAACAGAUUUGUAUUUGUAUAUUGUACAUAAGUAUGUAUAUAUAUGUAUAUUUUUCUAUUGUGUAUUUCCAUAUAUACUUUAUUUUCUAUUCACUUUUAAUUUAAUUCUAUUUUUUGUUAUAUUAUCUCUGUCUUGUUGCUGUUUUGUAUUCUUUGUGCACUGGAAGCUUCUGUCACCAAGACAAAUUCCUUCUAUGUGUAAGCAUACUUGGCAAUAAAGCUCAUUCUGAUUCUGACAUUUAUGCAUUUGGCAUACGCUUUUAAGUGACUUACAGUGCAUUCAGUCUAUACAUUUAUCAGUUUGUGUGUUCCCUGGGAAUGCCCAAGAACCCAUGAUCUUGGUGUUGCGAGUGCCAUGCUUAACCAGUUGAGCUACAGGAGCCCUACGUAUGCCAAGAUCGACCACUUAUUAAAUCCAAGGGUUCAAUUACAUUUUCCACAACACUGUGAAUGUUUAAUGGGGUGUGUUCAAUAAAGACAUGAUAGAUUAUAAUUGUUUGUAUGUUGUUAGCUUAAACACAUUGUGUUCGUCUAUACUUGUGACUUUGAUGAAAUCACAUUUUAUGACCAAUUAGUGCAGAAAGCCAGCUAAUUUCACAGGGUUCACAUACAUUUUCUUGCCACUGUAUCUAUAUAUUCGGUCUGUUUAUCCAGAAGAGAAAUACAAUAUCUGCUAAAAGUUAAUUUUUGCCUCAAAGCUAACAGACAUCGAUUUUGAUUUGAGGUCUUUAACCUAUGAAAUUGCUGCCCAAUAUCCAGGCAAAUAAUGCAGUUUCAAACCAAGAAACAUGAAAGUGCAUAUAUAUAUAUAUACUGUAUAUACGAAAACUGAAAUCAUCUUAUUCCAGUUGAAACCUUUAUUUGAAGUUAAUCAGCUGCAGGAAUCGUGCUAGUUUAGCACAAUACUCAAAAGCGGAAUUAUAAUAAAACAUGAGUAUGUCCCCGAGAAACAUCCAGUUGCUUUGAAGCACUAGCCAAUCAAGAGAUGACCCAGAUCUUAAUUUUUUGGCAGAAACAGCCCACUGCCAUGUAUUAUAAAAGCACCAGGAAUCAUUCAUUCACUGCUUUUGCAGAGUGAAGCCAUGCAAAUGUGAGAGGCAAUAUCAUCUAAAUGUUACACAGACAAAUAAUGCUUGUGUGUGUUUCCAGGAGGAGCCCGGCCCCGGUCCAGGAGGAGGGUUGUGUUUUGCAGAUGGUUGUAGAAGAGUGGACUACGUACUUGUCUAUCACUGCAAGAGACGUCAGUCACAACACCGCCUCUCUAUUGUCUCGAAUGGUAACGUGCCGUCCCACAGCCCCACCCCAUCACGCAGGAGUACAAAGGGUGAUAUUUCGGAGGUGGUGCUGGAGGCGGGGCUCGGGAUGGAACCUGGCGACGCACUGAAAGAUAAAAUCAGGGAGGAAUUUGAGAGAGGACUUCAGGAGGAAGGCUUGGAGAUUGAACGUGACAAAGAGAUGAGGACAGUCCGGUUCACCCGUCUGCAUGUUCCCUGGUCUGUUCUCAGUCGUGAGGCAGAACUUCUUAAGAUCAGAGUGCCCACUAAAAAGACGUAUCAGCUGAAAGAGAAGACGGGGCUGGUGGGCGUAAUAAGCUCGUUUUGGGCGAAGAUCAAUCAACCGUUCCAGCCGGGUGUACCGGAGCCCCAAAACCCACGCACACGUGUCCUGUCCCAGCCAUUCAGCAGAGACAAGCUACAUCUAUUUGAAAUAAAAUCAAAAAACAGCUUGUUCAGCAAUGCAAUACGAGGUCGAAUUGUUUAUGAAAUUCUGAGGCGCACAGCCUGUACACAGACCUGUCAAACUAUGGGCAUUUCGUCAUUGUUAGCUAAAGGGGUCUAUGACUCUGCCUUUCCUCUGCAUGAUGGAGACUUUGACAGCUCAGAUGAUAGAGAGCAUCGCAACGACAGGCAGAUGUUGCAUGAAGAAUGGGCCAAUUAUGGAGUUUUCUUCAAAUACCAACCAAUGGAUCUUAUCAGGAAGUAUUUUGGAGAGAAGAUAGGUCUGUAUUUUGCCUGGUUGGGAGUGUACACACAGCUGCUGAUUCCAGCCUCGGCUUUAGGAGUCGCAGUAUUCCUGUACGGCUGCCUCACUGUAGACACCAAUGUGCCCAGUCAAGAGAUGUGUGAUGAGCGUCUUAAUUUCACCAUGUGUCCUCUGUGUGAUCGUGUGUGUGAUUACUGGCAGCUGAGCAGUAUCUGCAGUACGGCGCGUGCCAGUUAUCUGUUUGAUAACCACGCCACUGUGGGCUUCGCCAUCUUUAUGUCCCUCUGGGCGGCAGUGUUUCUGGAACAUUGGAAGAGGAGACAGCGAUGUCUACAGCACAGCUGGGAUCUGACAGGCAUGGAAGAUGAGGAGAAUGAGCUGCGGCCAGCGUAUGAGGACUUUCUUCAGAAGAAACAGCAGAAGAAGGCAACGAAUAAGAAGAAGAAGAAGAAGGAAGAGCCGGACACAGGAACAGAUGACAAAGGCCGAGAGAAGCUACUGGCUGCCAAAGGAGGACAGCUACCGCUUGCCUCCGAGUCUCUAUCAUGGACGGAUCGACUGCCAGGAUACUGCAUCAACAUAUCCUCUAUCCUCCUUAUGGUUGGGGUAACAUUCUCUGCCGUAUCCGGAGUGAUUCUCUACCGAAUCAUUGUUUUUGCUGUUAUGUCAAUGAACCCCGACCAUGAGGCCAAGGCCAACGUGCGUGUUACCGUGACAACCACUGCUGUCAUCAUCAACCUGCUGGUGGUUCUUGUACUGGAUGAGAUCUAUGGAGCUAUAGCAGCCUGGAUUACCGAGCUCGAGAUUCCAAAGACUGAAUCAACGUUUGAAGAGCAUGUGAUUCUGAAAGCUUUUCUGCUGAAGAGCAUGAAUGCAUUUGCACCUGUCUUCUAUGUGGCCUUCUUUAAGGGCAGGUUUGCUGGUCGCCCGGGUGACUAUGUUUAUGUCUUUAAGGAUUUCCGGAUGGAAGAGUGUUCUCCAGGUGGCUGUCUUAUUGAAGUGUGUAUUCAGCUGGGCAUCAUUAUGCUGGGGAAGCAGCUUAUUCAAAAUAAUGUGUUUGAAAUUGCCAUCCCGAAGCUGAAGAAGAUGUACCGCGCGUAUAAGGAGGAGAAGGAAGGGGCGGAAGAUGAGGACGAGAAAGAUUCCAAACGAGAGCCGCAGCGCUGGGAUUUGGACUAUGAUCUGGAGCCAUAUGAGGGUCUGAGCCCAGAAUACAUGGAGAUGGUUAUUCAGUAUGGAUUUGUCACGCUCUUUGUGGCUUCCUUCCCGUUGGCACCAGUCUUCGCUCUGCUUAAUAAUGUCAUUGAAAUCCGCCUUGAUGCUGCAAAAUUUGCUACUGAAAUACGACGACCUGACGCUGUCAGUGCUAAAGAGAUUGGCAUAUGGUACAACAUCUUGAGUGGAAUCAGCAAGUUUGCAGUCAUUACAAAUGCAUUUGUGAUCUCCUUUACAUCAGAGUUCAUUCCUCGAAUGGUGUAUCAGUAUUUGUACAGUGAGACAGGCACCAUGCAUGGCUUUACCAACCAUACACUGGCUUAUUUCAACACAAGCAAUUUUAAACCUGGUACCUCACCGCAUGACACCGACUUUGACAGACAACUCCGUCUUUGCAGGUACAAAGACUACCGAGAUCCCCCCUGGUCAUCUGAGUCUUACCAGCUCUCUAAGCAAUACUGGUCUGUGCUUGCUGCACGUCUGGCAUUUGUCAUUUUUUUCCAGAAUUUGGCUAUGUUCCUCAGUAUGCUGGUGGCAUGGUUGAUCCCAAACGUGCCUCGUUCUCUGAAGGAGCAGCUGAAGAGAGAGAAAGCACUCCUGUUAGAUCUUUUACUCACCGAGGAGACAGACAAACAGAGCACCAAUUCACACCCAUUAACGACAACCAACAUUGAUGUUUUCGUCAAGAGUCUAGAGGAGGAACCACCAGAGGAGCCACCUGUUUUCAGUAGGGUAGUGCUGAGCCAACCAGAUGAAGGGCUGAAAGAACUUUGGGUAUCCAAUGGAGAGGAGGAAGAGCUUGAGGAACAACCAGAAGAGGAACCUAUUGCGUCCACUAGUGAUCUUCUUGAUGAUAAACCUCAACCUUCUACCUAUGAGACUCUCAAUACAACUACAGAUUCCCUAUCUGAGACUGCCUGUCAUGUUGAAUCCACCACACCUUCAACACCUGCAGAUCAUGGCACAAAAUGUUCAAACCGGUCACUUCAUUUAGCCAAAACAGGCUCACUAGCCCGUUUUUGGCAGUUUGACUUGAAUGGACCUCCACAUCGAGACCCUAGUUCCAAGGAUGAGAGCCGUUGUCAAACCCUUCCAGCAAGGUACAUUGGACCUGAGCCUGAGGAAAGUGCAACCAGAACCAGCCAAUCUACCACAUUCACACACCUUGACCAAAAGGUUGUUCCAUCUCCUAGCGAGCUCACACGGAACGUCCCGCCAGCACUGUCUACAUCCAAGCCCUCUGGAAGCCAGACAUCUAUGCUGUCCAAAAUGGAUUCCACUGGAAUUGAGUUGGCAGUACUGCCUCACCCACCAUCAAAACCAAAGCUUAGGAGCAGCAAUUCGACAGCACUUCCUUACUCAUCAUCCAGACCAGAGCUUGCAGGCAGCCUUUCAACAGCCUUGCCACGUCCUCCUUCCAAACCAGAGCUCGUGGGUAAUCAGUCAACGGGAUUACCACGACCUCCAUCCAAACCAGAGCUGAUGGGAAGCACAAUGAAAGAGCUUCCGCCCCAUGAUCCAGGCUUCAAAGCCAAGGGCCGAUGUCAGACUCUUCCUCUGAGGCAAAGAGACUACGAGACUGUCGGGGAGACAUCAGUCAGACCUAGUCACUCGACCACCUUCACACACCUCAGUCAACAGAUACCACCUUCACACAGCGAGCUCAAACGUAACACCCCUGUAUGAGUGGAGCAACACUCCACAUAUUCAGCACCUUGCAUCCGAUGACCACUCUCAGUGCCAGGCAACCCAUGCCAUCAGCAACUUAUCUGUGACUCAUCAAUUUCUCAUUGAUGAAUGAACGAUCAUCAUUGAUAAUUCUGGAUAUAGACCAAUUGUUGAUAGCUUGGUGGAGGUUCACUUGGUAGCUAAACCAGUCAGCAAUAUAUCUCGAGUUGUGAUUUGCCAUUGAGAUAACUCUGCACUACUCUGGAUUUGGAGGACUUGAUUGGAGGACCAAGUGUAGCCAAGUACAGCUUGUGCAUACUGGGUACUUUGGUAUUCUUUUGGAGCCAUAUGAUGUGGCUCAGUGAGUCUUAAACAUUGUCUUAUACUGUGUCUUGUCAUUCUCUGUUUCACAUACAAAUACCUGUACAGACACAGACACAUGCACAUACACACACACACACCAAAUCGCUUUACCCUGGCCUCUUGAACCAGAACAGAUGAGGAGAGAGAGGCUUAGGAAUAUGGGCCAAAGGGCUUUGCAGUCCAUAAUGAUUUGUUACUCAGCAAGUGGAACCUUCAUUUUGUGGUGUUGUUCUCAUGAGUUUUGUUCCAUGUAUUUAAGAAGAAAAAUAACUAAAUGUGGACUUAAUAACACAAUUAUUCACCUUCAAAAUGAGCCAACUUGUUUGUGGAAUUGUCUAUUUGUCUUUGGUGGCAAUAUAUAUAGCAUGUAACUUGUCGGUUAGCAAGCUCUUCAUUUUUACGGUCUUCAUAAUGUGAUGUUAAAGUGGAUUCAUGGACAUGCAAAGCCAAUUAUUUAUCAGUAAGUGAACAUUUGUUAAUUCCAGCUCACAAAAAGAUGGCUAUGCUGUAGUAUUUUACAUAAAUUCAAUUUAACACUAUGCUAGCGCAGCUCAAGCUCAUGUAAAGCAUGCUAUAUUCACUGUGAAGGCGUUUUCAGGGAUCAUGAUUUAGACCCAUAUAGAAACAUCACUUCUAAUAACCACCAUCCCCACUAAUGGGCACAAGAGGUAUGAAUAGACUGGCCAUAUACACACUGGAAAAUUUUGGGAGUGACAACCACAUUUAUUGGUAGAAGUGGGUGCAUGUGUGCGUACGGAAUACAGGAGUCUCUCUUACUUACUACCAACUUGUGAUUGUUGACAUAGUGAUAAACAUGGCAACAUUUUUGUUUAACUUAUUCGCUAUUUUGACCACAUUAAUCUUAAAGACCUAAGAUGUAUUAAUGUUUGAAACUGUCAUCGUCAGAGGUGCCAUGCUUUGUUUAUGCUUGUUUUUGGGCUAGUUCAUCAAGAACUUUCAUUUAUUGGUGAACUAUUCUUUUUAGCACUCAGAAGAGGAUUGACAACCAUAUUUACUUCAAGUGUGCACAUGGCAACAGUGUAUGUUUAGUGGCAGAUGAGUAUAGUAUGCAUUGUGCGACCAGGGAUCAGUUAGCUAAUAACAGCUGUAAACCAGCAUUCACUUCCAUGAAUCCAGAACGUUCACCUCCAUGUUAUUUCUAGAGGUCUUGAGAAACUCUGGCAAUAUUUUGAUAAAAUAAUGGAGAAAAAAAAUAUGAUUACUGUUCAUAAUAAAAAGUGGAAAGGGA